AUGGAGCCGCCUUGGGAGAUCGAGCUCGAGCUUCGAAGGCAUAUCGAAAGCUGUGCCUGCACCUGCGACCACAUGGGCUACGGAAAUUACAUGGACUAUCAGGUGGCGCCGGCCGCUCACCCUUGUAUAUGCCGCGCAAUAACCUCACCCCACGCCCACGCGGCCGUACCGGAAGGUAUGACGUUUCCUGGAUCUAUCCCAGACGUGGCAGAGAGAUGCGGUCGCUGGGCACCGGAUUCACUGUCAGCUUCGGCGUCGGGCAGCUCUGACGAAAAGCCAACGCCGCGGCGGCCUCGUUGGAAAAUCGCCCUCGCCGGGCUCGUCGUAUUGGCCGGUCUCGGCGCUGCGUUGGCCCUGCCUCUGAUCCUAGGCAGCGGGGGUCGCGCUACAUCCGAACAGCGGCUCACCACUGUAAGGAGGAUGUUACGUGAUUUCCCACUCGUCGAUGGCCACAAUGAUUUGGCUUGGAACGUUAGAAAAUUCUUACAUAAUAAAAUAGGAGAUUUUAAUUUAAGUGCUGGUUUGGAAGGUCUCGAACCGUGGGCUCGUUCGCGCUGGUCGCACACUGAUAUUCCACGGCUUCGACUAGGUCAGGUCGGCGCUCAGUUUUGGUCCGCUUAUGUGCCGUGUGGAGCGAGAGACAAGGACGCCGUACAACUGGCAUUAGAGCAGAUGGACGUCAUAAAGAGAAUAGUUGAUAUGAAUGCCGCUCAUCUGGCGUUAGUAACGGAUGCUUCAGAAUUAUUGGAAGCGCAUCGAGAUGGGCGAAUCGCGUCACUUAUAGGCGUUGAAGGAGGCCACGCUCUUGGAGAUUCACUUGCAGUACUGCGUGCUUUUUAUCAGCUGGGUGCUCGAUAUCUUACCGUAACACAUACAUGUGACAAUCGAUGGGCAAGAGCCGCCGGUACAUCCGGUGGACUCACAGAGUUUGGCCGCGCCGUAGUCCGCGAAAUGAAUCGUCUAGGCAUGAUAGUAGACUUAUCGCACGCUGGUGAAGAGACCGCCCGUGAUGCUCUAGAAACAACGCAAGCCCCUGUCGUUUUCUCUCACUCUGGAGCAGCUGCAAUAUGUAACUCUUCUCGCAAUGUACCUGAUGACCUUUUACGAAUGAUCGCUGCGAACGGUGGUGUUGUUAUGAUUAAUUUUUAUGCAAAACUGGUCACGUGCGGAGAGCGAGCCACAGUAGAGGAUGUAGUAGCUCACAUUAACCACGUUCGUCAAGUAGCCGGCGUCGAACACGUCGGAUUGGGCGCAGGUUACGAUGGCAUCGAUGCUCCCCCCGAAGGACUGGAAGACGUCUCAAGAUAUCCGCAUUUAUUAGCUGAGCUGUUGCGAGACCCGGAUUGGAGCGAGGAGGACGUUCGUAAACUGGCGGGAAUGAAUGUUGUCCGAGUGUUGCAAGAUGUAGAACGGGUGCGCGAUCAAUGGCGCCGUGCUGCGGUGUUGCCGGGCGAAGAAUCUGCUGGCGUGCGAUCCGGUGACUGCGUUUAUAGGCCCGCGUGA